AUGGCAGGAUUAUUUGACGAUUGUCUCCCAUUGUCGUAUUAUUAUGAGAAACUUAAUCUAGAUCGAUUUGAGGUGAAAGAAAAUCGAAAUACAAUCGCAUCAAUUGCUGCUGGGUCAUUGUUCGCCACUGGUUGGUGGUUAAUCAUUGAUGUUUGUGUACGAUAUUCGACGAAUGAUGAAUUUCAUAAAGCUCUUCUGACAAUUGGAAUUGUCGCAUCAUUGGCUUUAGUUUUCGUCAAUUCAAUAUCGAAUUCACGUUUCCGUGGUGACUUUUAUCGUGAUGGAUGUGGCGGUGUAGUACUUGCACGAGCCGUUCUUUUCCUAUCAUUUCUUCUCGUCUUCGGCAGUGUCAUUGCUGGUGCAUGGAUUAUGAUAGCACUUUAUAUAAUUCCAAAUGCCAAAGAUAUAUAUCCAGGUGUGGCACUUUUUAUUCAAACAUUACUCAUUUUUAGCAGUACACUAAUACUCAAAUUUGGUCGAACCGAGGAUGACUGA